AUGCAGAUUCUCAUUCCCGCACUUUUGCUUGGAAGCUUCGUCCAAUUCGGCGCAGCCUCCAACUACGGCAACGUAAAAGCCAAAACGAUUGUCCGCACUGAAGUCGUAACCAAAUACAAAACCAUCAAAGCCAUCAAAACCGUAACCUACACCCGAACAAUCCAAAGACCACCCGGUCAAAAGGAGUUCGAAUCUUAUGCCUCCUACAAGGGCCUAACCUGCGUCAAAUCCUCAAAAAUCACAGAGAAACCCACACCAACAGCGGUCGAACCAGCCUGGGUUAAGAAUUGCCCCGCAUCCGUCACCCUCACCGCGGUUCCAAAAUGCCCUGCGAUUAGGUGUAUGGCUAAUCCUGAUUGUCCUGUAUAUGAUCAGGCAAUGCCAAUCGAAUGGGAUUGUAGGUGUAAAGAUAGAGCACCAACUACUACUCACUGGGUUAAGCCAUGCCCUUCGUGCUGCCCACCACCGCCUAUUAGGUCUCAUGCCGUUUCUUGCCUCGGGAAAAUGAGCCACUUGCCAGUCUUCACGGCAGAACCUGAGCCAGUUAAGGGUAUCGCAGUUGGUGAACCAAAUCCAGCAGCUCCAAAAGAGGAUAAGGAGGCUAAGGAUGAGGAGCCAAAGGAAGAUAAAGAGGAGCCAAAGGAAGAUAAGGAGGAGCCAAAGGAAGACAAGGAACCAGAACAGCCAAAGGAAGACGAAGCGGCUGAUCAGAAGAAACCAGUUGAUGAACCUGCAGCCGAUGAAAAAAAAGAUGAGGGAGAGGAAGGGCCUAAGGAAGAUGCAACUGAAAAGGCAGAAGAUUAA